AUUUCUACCUUCCCUUACCAAUCAAACCUUAUUUUUGAAUCAAUUUCAAAUACUAACUUACAUUCCAACCCCAUUAAUACCAAACCAAAACCAACUCAUCUCUUCAGCCACACAAAACUACUUCUCACUCGCCAAAAUAAAAUCAUUCUUUUUUUUUUCAAAAAAAACCAGCAAGAAUGAGUUAUGUAGAAUUCCGUACGCUCUACAGUCUCCUCAUCGGAAUUCUGGCGACGAGCAUCACGAUUUUCGGAAUCUUACUAAUCUUCUUAUGCAGAAAGAAGGCUGCGAACGCCGACGAAGACACCGAAUCAACCGCAUCAUCGCCGCCGGUGACAAAGCCCUGUGCACCAUCGUAUCAAUUGAUGGAAAUCGACGCCGCCACCGACGGCUUCAACCACCGCAGGAUCGUCGGGAAGGGUCGGAUCGGCACCGUGUACGCCGCCGUGACGCCGAAAGGAGAGGUGGUGGCGGUGAAGCGAAUCCACCCCCGCCUCGUCCUCAACAAUGCCGGAUUCGGAUUUUCAUCCAUCCUCAAAACGCUGUCGUUGGCCGAUCAUCCGCACGUGGUGCCCAUAACCGGAUUCUCGGAGGCUCCGGGGGAGAGGAUCAUAGUGAUGGAAUUCGGCGGGAUGCUGAGCUUGGAAUUCUAUCUGCAUCAGAACACGGACGGGGUGGCGCUGCUGGACUGGCGGCGGCGGCUGAGGAUCGCGGCGGGGGCGGCGAGGGGGCUGGAGUAUUUGCACGAGGAGGUGGCGCCGCCGAUCAUCCACGGCUGCGUCAAGCCGUCGAACAUAUUAAUCGACGUGAAGCUCUGCGCGCGUCUCUGCGACUACGGGCUGCAUUUCCUGGCGCCGGAGGGGCUGGCGGGGGGGUACGUGGACGAGGAGUGUUGGAGGGAGGGCAAGGGCGUUUCGAAGGAAUGCGACGUGUACGGAUUCGGCGUCGUUUUGAUGGAGCUGCUGAGCGGGCGGGGGAGUGCUGACGUGGUGGAGUGGGGCCUGCCGUUGGUUAGAGGGAUGAGGAUUGCUGAGCUGUUGGAUCCGAGGCUGGCCGUGCCGGCGGAUGUGGGGCCGCUCGUUCGGUUGUCCAAGGUUGCGUUGGCGUGCGUCGCGAAUAGCCGGAAAAAUCGGCCGUCGAUGAGGCAGGUUGCCGCGAUUUUAAGCAGUAUAGAGAUGGCGUUGUGAUUUUGUUAGGAAUUAGGAUUAGAUUAUAAGAAAAAGGGUGCCACGUGGAUAGAAGAUUUGUUAAAUGAGGAAUGAGGAGGGUUAUUUAUUUUAUUUUUA